ACUCGCUAAAAAUGGCGGCGCCCAGUGUGGCGGCGUGAAAGUUGUGGGAAGUCGCUGUCGCCGGGGUCGUGAGUCUGAAAAGCGAAGGGAACCUGAGAGCCAUGUCGCGUCUGAUCGUGAAGAACCUCCCGAAUGGGAUGAAGGAGGAGCGAUUCCGGCAGCUGUUUGCCGCCUUUGGCACACUGACCGACUGCAGCCUCAAGUUCACCAAAGACGGCAAGUUCCGAAAGUUCGGCUUCAUAGGUUUCAAGUCGGAGGAGGAGGCCCAGGCAGCACUGAACCAUUUCCACCGGAGCUUUAUUGACACGACCCGGAUCACCGUCGAAUUCUGCAAGUCCUUUGGAGACCCAUCGAAGCCCCGAGCUUGGAGCAAGCAUGCCCAGAAGUCAAGUCAGCCCAAGCAGCCGUCGCAAGACUCCGUUCCCUCAGACACUAAAAAGGACAAGAAGAAAAAAGGGCCCAGUGACCUGGAGAAGCUGAAGGAAGAUGCCAAGUUCCAGGAGUUCCUGUCAAUUCAUCAGAAGAGGACCCAAGUGGCCACGUGGGCAAACGACGCUUUGGAGGCCAAGCUCCCAAAAGCAAAAACCAAGGCAUCAAGUGACUAUCUGAACUUCGACUCCGACUCCAACUCUGACUCUGGGCAGGAGAGUGAGGAGGAGCCAGCCAGAGAGGACCCUGAAGAGGAACAAGGCCUGCAGCCAAAGGCAGCUGUGCAGAAGGAGCUGUCAGACAUGGACUACUUGAAAUCCAAGAUGGUGCGGGCUGAGGUGUCCUCUGAGGAUGAGGACGAAGAGGACAGUGAAGACGAGGCGGUGAACUGUGAAGAAGGGAGUGAGGAAGAGGAAGAGGAGGGCUCCCCUGCCUCCCCAGCCAAGCAAGGAGGUGUGAGCCGGGGAGCCGUGCCUGGGGUCCUGAGGCCCCAGGAAGCUGCUGGCAAGGUAGAGAAGCCAGUCAGCCAGAAGGAACCCACUACCCCCUACACCGUGAAGCUCCGGGGAGCCCCGUUCAAUGUCACUGAGAAAAACGUCAUUGAAUUCCUAGCUCCUCUGAAGCCAGUGGCCAUCCGAAUAGUGAGAAAUGCUCACGGGAACAAGACAGGGUAUGUCUUCGUGGACCUCAGCAGUGAAGAAGAAGUAAAGAAGGCUCUGAAGUGCAACCGUGACUACAUGGGUGGACGCUAUAUCGAGGUGUUCAGGGAAAAGCAGGCUCCCACCGCCCGUGGUCCCCCAAAGAGCACCACGCCCUGGCAAGGCCGAACGCUCGGGGAGAAUGAGGAGGAGGAAGACCUGGCCGACUCUGGGAGGCUCUUCGUACGGAACCUGUCCUACACCAGCUCUGAGGAGGACCUGGAGAAGCUUUUCUCGGCCUACGGUCCCCUGUCAGAGCUCCACUACCCCAUUGACAGCCUGACCAAGAAGCCGAAGGGCUUUGCCUUCGUCACCUUCAUGUUCCCUGAGCACGCCGUGAAGGCCUAUGCUGAGGUGGACGGGCAGGUAUUCCAGGGCAGGAUGCUCCAUGUCCUACCUUCUACCAUCAAGAAAGAAGCCAGCCAGGAGGCCAACGCCCCAGGGUCCUCUUAUAAGAAGAAGAAGGAAGCCAUGGACAAAGCCAACAGUUCCAGCUCGCACAACUGGAACACGCUGUUUAUGGGACCAAAUGCCGUGGCUGACGCCAUUGCACAGAAGUACAACGCCACCAAGAGCCAAGUGUUUGACCAUGAGACCAGGGGCAGCGUGGCCGUGCGUGUGGCUCUGGGGGAGACCCAGCUGGUCCAGGAGGUCCGAAGCUUCCUUAUUGACAAUGGGGUCUGCCUGGACUCUUUCAGCCAGGCUGCAGCGGAGCGAAGUAAGACUGUGAUCCUGGCUAAGAACCUCCCGGCAGGUACUCUGGCGGCUGAGAUCCAGGAGACCUUCAGCCGCUUCGGCAGCCUGGGUCGCGUGCUCCUGCCUGAAGGUGGCAUCACGGCCAUCGUAGAGUUCCUAGAGCCGCUGGAGGCCCGCAAGGCUUUCAGGCACCUGGCCUAUUCUAAGUUCCACCAUGUCCCCCUGUACCUGGAGUGGGCUCCAAUUGGUGUCUUUGGCGCAGCCCCCCAGAAGAAAGAUUCCCAGCAUGAGCAGCCUGCAGAGAAAGCCGAGGUGGAGCAGGAGACUGUACUAGACCCAGAAGGUGAAAAGGCUUCGGUAGAAGGAGCAGAGGCCUCCACAGGCAAAAUGGAAGAGGAGGAGGAAGAGGAGGAGGAGGAGGAGGAAGAGAGUAUCCCAGGAUGCACUUUGUUCAUUAAGAACCUCAACUUCAGCACCACAGAGGAGACACUGAAGGGAGUGUUUUCCAAAGUGGGAGCUAUAAAGAGCUGCACCAUCUCCAAGAAGAAGAAUAAAGCAGGAGUGCUCCUCUCAAUGGGGUUUGGGUUUGUGGAAUACAAGAAGCCAGAACAGGCCCAGAAAGCCCUCAAGCAGCUCCAGGGUCACACUGUGGACGGCCAUAAGCUGGAAGUACGGAUCUCUGAACGGGCCACUAAGCCUGCCUUGACAUCAACUCGGAAGAAGCAGGUCCCCAAGAAGCAGACGACCUCCAAGAUCCUGGUGCGGAAUAUCCCCUUCCAGGCCAACCAGAGGGAGAUCCGGGAGCUUUUCAGCACCUUUGGGGAACUGAAGACAGUGCGCCUGCCGAAGAAGAUGACAGGGACAGGUGCCCACCGCGGUUUCGGCUUUGUGGACUUCAUCACCAAGCAGGAUGCGAAGAAAGCCUUCAAUGCGCUGUGUCAUAGCACUCACUUGUACGGCCGCAGGCUGGUUCUGGAAUGGGCAGACUCAGAGGUGACCGUGCAGACCCUACGGAGGAAGACGGCCAGGCACUUCCAAGAACCCCCGAAGAAAAAGCGGUCUGCAGUGUUGGAUGGGAUCCUGGAGCAGCUGGAAGAUGAGGACAACAGUGACGGCGAGCAGGCUCUCCAGCUGUGAGCUGGCACUGCCAGGGUGCAUGGCUCCAGGGCCCCGGGGCUGGAUAGUGCGAUACAGGAAGUCUCCAUGGGUCAGGACCAAAGGAGUCAAAAGCUCGCGGCAAGUAUGGGAUGUGAGAACAACUUUGCUGCAGACUCUGCACCAGUGCUGAGCAGCUGCUGACCUGGCACCUGCUUGUGAGAUGGUUCCAUGAGGAGCUCAGGCCUGGCAUCCUCCUGUGGCAUGGCUGGCCAGACUCUGGGAUGAGUGACAGGGUGCACAGCCACUGUAGAGCUCAGCCCUGGCCAGCCAGGCUCCUGCAGCCCUGUCUCCCCCUCAACAGGACUGCUGGCCAGUAGACAGAGCUGGGGACUCUACCUCAUCAUCGGGGCCCCUUCCUUGUCCCUGUGAUGCAGCCAGGUUCUGAGCCCUGCUGUCAGGUUCACAGGCUGAACUGCGCCAGCACCACUGACGGACUCUACAGCUCAAGCGGAGGCCCUGGGAGUCGCACGGAGGCCUCACCCGCACCAGAGGCUUCAAAGGCGAGUCUUUGGCUGGGUACCCUAGCACAGCCUCUCUCCAUGGACUCGGACACACCGUCAACCAGAGGAGGACAUGGCACUAGUCAGGGAGGAAGGCCAGAGCCCUUCAACCACUGUCCAGCCCCAGCACUACCUCUCAAGCAAGAAGCUUAAGACCUGUGUCAUUUUGAGUGGCUGUUCAGUGCAGGUGACUGGCAUGGCUGCCUCGGCCAGCCAUGCCAACUUCACUCAUCCAACCAGGAAGACGUGGGGAGACACUACUACCACCUCAGAGCUGUUGUCACCGAGGGCUGAAGAGGCACCAGACAGGACUCUGAGCACCAGGCUUUCCAACUUUAUGUGAGAGUCUUGGCCUAUGAACUUUUUGCCUUCCAGAUUUGCCUGGAUCCCACACCAGGUUCCCAAAGAUGGGGCCACGCCCUCUCAGGGGUGCUGAGAACUAAGCAAUAAACGGCAGAGCCUAGAAUUGCC